UAUUUAGAUUUAGCGGUGCGAUAACAAUUAAAAAUCUCUGGUAAAAAUGAUGCCAGAAGGGGAACCAGUUAAGCAAUUUAAAAAAGAGAAAAAAAGAGUACUCAUGAUUUGUUUAGGCAAUACUUGUCGAUCGCCUAUUGCAGAAGCAGUGUUCAAAAACCAUGUUAAAAAAUUGGAAUUAACAGAUCACUGGGAGGUAGACAGUGCUGCACUCGAAUUAUAUCACAUUGGAGAAAGUCCAAAUGAAAGGGCUAUAGAUAUCCUAGCGAAAAACGGAAUCAAAGAUUAUGAUCAUGUAGCAAGAUGCAUUCAAAAUAAAGAUUUUGAGGAUUUUGAUUGGAUAUUAGGAAUGGAUGAUUAUAACAUAGGACGAUUGAAUGAACUAAAACCAAAAAAUAGUUUAGCUCGAGUGGAAUUGCUUGGAAAAUAUCAUCCAAGCGGAGAAAUUAUCAUAGAAGACCCUUAUUUUAGCGAAGACAAGUACAGUUUUCAAAAAGUUUACGAGCAAUGUGCCUUAAGUAUUAAAUCAUUUUUAAAUGAAGCUAAUGAGUGAAGUUUGUUAUUCCUUUUAAUAAGUUCCAAUAAGCUAAUUAUAAGUUUAUUGAUAUUUUUUGAAUUAUUAAGGGACAAAAUUAAAUUCAA